GCAUCGCUGCCCCGUUUUCGCAGCCAAGCAAGUCCUCCGCCGUCGUUCCAUCCUUCACCCACCUAGCCAUCCUGGUUCAAAUCGUCACACGCGGUUCGGUCUAUUUUUUGAAAUCCGAAAGGACCACCAGAACUUCCCCCAUUCAAUAAAGAAGAAAAACAUUAUAAUAAAUCAUAUCAAAAACCCACAGAACUGUCUUGUACUUUCCUGAGACAGUACUUAGUCAAGGACAAGGGCCGUGGCAUCUUCAGCCGGUUGGACUUUCUCAAUAUACUCUCCCACAUCACGCGUCAUCGGAAACGUUCUUGCUAACCGGACCUCACUUGUUCGGUCUCUGAAGCUGCUCGAAGAGCCAGCCGCAUUUCUAGUUCACCCCGGGUCCCUGCUGGUGUGCAUCGCAGCCAUGGCAUCACGCAGGUCGAGGUCUCUAUCGAGCCCUUCGGAGGGUGAGAUCAUCGAAUCAGGUUCAGAGACGAAGGCAACUACGUCGAAACUUCCUCUUAAUGGCAGCAUAGUUGACCGUCCCACCAGAGCUAGUACUGCAUCCGCGACUCGGUCUCCGCCCGACUUGAGCAGAUCGCCACGCCGUCGGCGAUCCAGGACCAGGACCAGGUCAACAUCGCGUACGCGGUCCCGCUCUCCCUACCGAGAUCAGAGAGGCUACAAGCGUCGCCGGGACGAUGAUUAUGACCAUGAUCGCGACUCUGAAUUUGACCAUGACGAGCGGCGAUACCGACACGCCCCGCCCCCACGCGUCGGCUCCCGAUACGAUGAUAGCCAAUACUACAGACGAGGUCAAUCCGACAGACGAGCUAGGCCGUAUCAUGACUACGACCGCGAAGAGAACUACAAUGAUUUCCUCCGGUACAGUGACGACUCGGAUCGCCGUAGAGAGAAGCGCGCUCGCACGCGGAGCCGGUCGCCAUAUCGCGAAGUUCGGAAGCCUAAACGGUAUUCAGGGGACGAGGGGGAAGCUCAGAGAGAUGAGAGAACUGCCUCUCGGGGUCACAGGAGGAGGCCUUCUAUUGAACAGUCAGUGAGCGAGCGAGGGAACACUCCAGUCGUCGCUCCAGGUGUUAAACAAAAUGCUGAAACUCAAAAACGUCAGGUGCAGCCAGCUUCUGCAACCUCGCAUCCCCAUGUUGAUAGCAUGAAUGAAACCCCCGAGCCUCAAGAAGAGCACAUUCCCGCCGAGCCCGUGGACGAAGCAGCUCAAUUAGAGGCCCGUCGCAAACGACGUGAAGCCAUUCGUGCCAAAUACCGAGGCCAGGCCACCCCGAUGCGGCUGCAGGCGCUACAUAUUGGUGGUAGCCGAGAUUCAUCCACUCCAAGCGUGGAUACUGCUGCAUCGGCUGGCGCUGUUUCUGAAGCAGCACCGGUGUCAGCACCCCAGACACCUGCUGAUAGUCCAGGGGAGUCGUUCUCUGAUUUCAAAAUAGGCAAAGAUGCCGAUCUAAUGAAUAACGGUGCACCGGUAGACGGUGUAGAUAAAGACGAACCGUCUGCAGCAGACUACGACCCUACUCUGGAUAUGAAAGCCGAAACGGAGAGACAUGGUACUGACGGUGUUAACGAGGAGCUGUCUGCGGCGUCUUACGAUGAAACGCAGACCUCCCGCCAGGAUAUUCUGCUGCCUAACGCUGUCCAGCCCCCCGAGCCCAAAGCGAAGGACCCAUAUGACAUGUUCGCGGAGGAUGACGACGAUAUGUUCGCUGAAGACACGCAAGACACAGCACAGCCGACGCAUGCAUCGGCCAAGUCGGCUGUCCCGCAACCGAAGGAGCUCGACAUCAGCAUGAUGGACAACUGGGAUGACCCGGAAGGAUAUUACAAUGUACGGCUCGGGGAGUUGAUCAACGGACGAUACCAUGUUCAGCAGAACCUUGGCAAGGGCAUGUUUUCAUCGGUCGUCCGCGCCACCGACUCCAAGACUGGCGGCUUGGUUGCGAUUAAAAUCAUCCGACAAAAUGAUACGAUGAGAAAGGCGGGCAUGAAGGAGAUCGGCAUCCUGGAGCAGCUCCACGAGGCCGACCCCGAAGACAAGAAGCAUAUUAUCAAGUUUGAGCGGUAUUUCGACCACAAGGGGCAUCUUUGCAUGGUCUUUGAAAACCUGAGCAUGAACCUGCGCGAAGUCCUGAAGAAAUUCGGACGCGAUGUCGGCUUGAACUUGCGGGCCAUCCGGGCCUACGCCCAGCAGAUGUUCCUCGGGCUCAGCUUACUCCGGAAAUGUAAUAUCCUCCACGCGGACCUGAAGCCGGACAAUCUUCUGGUCAACGAGCAGCGCAACAUCCUCAAGGUCUGCGACCUGGGAUCCGCGUCCCCGGCGUCGGACAACGAGAUCACCCCGUAUCUCGUAAGUCGGUUCUAUCGGGCACCGGAAAUCAUUUUGGGAAUCCCUUAUGAUCACGCCAUCGAUGUGUGGUCGAUAGGAUGCACCCUGUUCGAGCUGUAUACGGGCAAGAUACUGUUUACGGGCCGCAACAACAACCAGAUGCUACGUUCCAUCAUGGAAUGCCGUGGCAAAUACCCACCGAAGCUUCUGCGGCGAGGAUCGCUGACGCCGAUGCACUUCGAUGACAUGCUCAACUUCCUCAGCAUGGAAGAGGACAAGAUCACCGGCCGACCGGUCACGCGAGUGCUAGACUUCAAGAAGCCUACGCGGGAUCUGAAGACACGACUGAUGGGAGGCAAGGAGACGCGGGGCAUGACGGACAGUGAGGCGAAAGAGCUGGCCCAGUUCGUGGAUCUACUGGACCGGUGCUUGAGUCUGAACCCAGAGAAGCGGUGCACACCCACGGAGGCGUUGAAGCAUCCCUUCCUUUGCCGGUCCAAAGUGUAAUAAUUCAUGGACGCUUCCUGGCAGGCCACCCGUUGUACAUAUUAUGUCAUAGUAGGACUGCAUCUCUUUCUCAAUAAUAUGAAUCGGGUCU